UUGGCCGAAUGUAGUUGGGUGUGCGGGUUUCAGUGGGGAAGGACGGAAGGGAGAAACAACGAACCAGAAAUAUAACUGCGGCCUUCAGUAGCAUGCAAAAGAUGCUUACUGUAAUCUCCAACGUGUUGAGAGGUAGCGCCAGCAAAAAUGGAGCCCAAGCUGUCUCAGAGUCUUCCACACGGAGAGCUAUUCUCCAGCUACUGGCGGCCCAGUCUGAGUACGUUGACUUAACCUCGCCGCCAGAUACAGCACCACCAGAUGAACGACCCAAAUUAGAUAUAGAAUCACCUCAUCUGGGAGUCUGCACCAGUGUACCUGAGACAGUCCCGCCUUUACCUCACCUAGGAGUCGGUACCAAUGGACGCUUCGCAGCCUUGCCCUCCACAGAGCCAGCUGUGACCAACAUACCUGUUGAGCUUUCUAUACCAGGAAAGCCAAAGCAUACAGUCAUCGUAGACCCAGCUUUACUAGAACCAGCAAUGAAAACGGACCAACUCAGCCAAGAAUCAACCUCACCAGAUACCACAGUCAACACUGACCAAUUCAGCCCAGAAUUAACACUGUCAGAGCCCGUAAUGAGUCAAAACCAACUCAGCCCCGAAUCAACCCCAUCAGAAACCAAAUUCAAUACAGACCAGCUCAGUCCUGAAUUACCCAUAUCACAACCCACGGUCAAUGCAGACCAACUCAGCCCAGAAUCAGCCUUACCAGAUACCACAGUCAACACAGACCAAUUCAGCCCAGAAUUAACUCUGUCAGAGCCUGUAGCAAGUCCAGACCAACUCAGCCUAGAGCUAACCCCAUCAGAACCUGUAAUGAGUACAGACCAACUCAGACCAGAAUUAACCUCACCAGAACCCACAGUCAGUACAGACCAACUCAGCCGAGAAAUGACCUCAUCAGAACCUGUAAUGAGUCCAGACCAACUCAGUCCUGAAUCAACCUCAUCAGAACUUGUGAUGAAUACAGACCACCUCAGCCCAGAAUUAACCUCACCAGAACCCUCUGAGAAUUCAGACCAACUUAACCUAGAAGUGACCUCAUCAGAACCCUCAAUGAGUCCAGACCAACUCAGUCCUGAAUUAGCCUCAUCAGAACUCUCUGAGAAUUCAAACCAGCUCAGCCCAGAACUAAUCUCAUCAGAGCCCCCAUUAAAUGCAGACCAACAUGGCCCAGAGUUAACAUCAGCAGAUCCUACAGCCUGUGCCAGCCAAGCUGCCGCAGACACCGCUUUGCCUGCACCACAGCCUGCAGUGUGCAAUGAGGCCCCUGCUACAGAUAUAGCAUUCCCCCAACGCCCGCUGACUGAAGAGUUACCCUUACCAGAGCCACAGCUUGCUGGAACGAGAGUGGUAGUGUCAGCACGCAACUACACUGACUUCACACCACAGGCUACCUUCGAUAUCAAGAAGUGUGACGUGCACCGCCUGGAGGAAGGCCCGCCGACACAGUCGGUUCUGACUCGAGAGGAUGGGCUUAAGUACUAUCGCACCAUGCAGACCAUGAGGCGCAUGGAGCUGAAGGCUGACCAGCUCUACAAGCAGAAGAUCAUCCGGGGCUUCUGUCACCUUUACGAUGGCCAGGAAGCAUGUGCUGUGGGGAUCGAGGCUGGCAUCAAUCUCACAGACCACCUGAUCACGGCGUACCGUGCUCAUGGCUACACUCUCACCCGAGGGGGCACUGUCAAAGAGAUCAUGGCUGAGCUCACAGGGAGAAGAGGUGGCAUUGCCAAGGGAAAGGGUGGCUCCAUGCACAUGUACACCAAGAACUUCUAUGGAGGGAACGGCAUUGUGGGAGCUCAGGUACCCCUGGGAGCUGGCGUGGCUCUGGCAUGCAAGUAUCAGGGCAGGAAUGAGCUAUGUGUUACAUUAUACGGAGAUGGAGCAGCCAACCAGGGUCAAAUCUUUGAGACCUACAACAUGGCUUCUCUUUGGAAACUACCGUGCAUCUUCAUCUGUGAGAACAACAAGUAUGGCAUGGGCACGUCUGUGGAGCGCGCAGCUGCCAGCACUGACUAUUACAAGAGAGGGGACUUCAUACCUGGCCUGAGGGUGGAUGGGAUGGACAUUCUGUGUGUGAAGGAAGCCACCAAGUUCGCUGCAGACUACUGCAGAUCUGGGAAGGGUCCUAUUCUCAUGGAGCUCCAGACCUACCGUUACCAUGGACACAGCAUGAGCGACCCUGGUAUCAGUUACCGUACGCGUGAGGAGAUCCAAGAGGUUCGCAGCAAGAGUGACCCCAUCUCUAUGCUGAAGGACCGUAUGCUCAGCAACAACAUGGCCAGUGUGGAAGAGCUCAAGGAAAUCGAUGUGGAGGUGCGGAAGGAGAUCGAGGACGCCGCCCAGUUCGCCACUACCGACCCCGAGCCUCCGCUGGAGGAGCUCUGCAACCACAUCUUCUAUAACGAGCCGCCGAUGGAGGUGCGCGGCACCAACCCCUGGAUGAAGCUCAAGUCCAUCAGCUGAGAGGCUAUUCCCCACAGUCCCCCUGCCCCCACCAGCCCCCUCUCUCCGCCCCUACCUUCCCAUCCCCGCAGCUGGGUAAAAGGGAGACCCUAUCAACGCACAACCCCAGCACCGCAGCCGUUUGCCAACCCUCUCUCUCUUUCCAGCUAGGCCACAGCCUCUGCAAUCCACCAGCUUGGGAGGGAAGAGUUUGUGUCCUACCUUACAGGUCAAUCAGCACUUCUGUAAAGGGUCCGAGGUGUGCCAUUCUCAUAAAGUCAUUUUGACAGUUAAAAAAAAGUCUGGAAUGCAUAUACUAGCCUUACUAUUCAUGUUAAUGUUAUUUUAUUGUACUUUGGUGUUCUAAAUAAAAGGAGGUUUAAUGUUUAAAGGGGUGCAAGAUGGGUCAGUUUAAUUUUUGACAAAGCAGAUUUUACCUUUAGUCCUAAAAGAAAAGGUAUGCACACAGUUAGCUUUCAGAAACAUCAGUUAUGCUGGAAGUAAUUGUUUUUCAGCGAGAGCCAUCCAUUAAAACACAGAGCAUGUACUAUUGCUAAGCCAACCAUUGCUUUGUUUUGACUUGUUAAAUAGGCACCAGGUUUGUCUCGAGUCGUCAUUCCAUGCGUCACUGCUGCUAGAAACACACACCAGCCAAGGAAAUCACUCCAAGAAUGAAACUUGUUUUGGGUUGGGAUGCGGUGGUAAUGGAGCUAAACUUCAGCAAUGUGCAUACUGGUGUCACUCAAAAACCUUGCAUGGAUGUACCUUAAGACUUUAAAACAGUUGCUGGUGGUGAUACUGUACUUAGAUCAAGUUGAUUAUAGACAAAUUAAGUCUGAAGGUCAAACUGACCUCAGCUGGAGAAAAUAGAAUCCUAUGCGAAACUACCUUAUCUCCAUCCCCGAGGUGGUUGUAUGCCAACUGACUGUAACACCCUUAAAGUCUGCAAGCAAUAUCAGUCAGCAGGUUUUUGUAUCAAGGAAUUGUUUGUCAAUUACACACAGUUAACACUAACCCUUAAAAUAAAAACAUCUGUGGAUCAUCAAGGACAGGACAGCUCAAAUCUACCUCUGUCUUUCUGCUAGUCUUUAUAGCAGAGUAAUUAACCAGGCAAGUGGAGGGUGGAUAACAUUGAAGUUUCACUGGGUAAAAAUGUGUAUUUGGUGGAUGAGGUUAAGUGUGUUUUAUCUUGACAUAUUGAUUAGGGUAGAUAGAUGGAAGUAGGUUCCAGUGUGGUCUCUGUCAAUCUGAAUUAAUCCUGAAAAAGGGUGCUACCUGAUGCUGUCCUUGUGCUUUCUGAUAAAGGAAAUAAAUGCAUUGAAAUGUUUAAA